AUCGUGAGGGAGGCGAUGGCGGCGGCGGGCGGGGAGGAGCGGCAGCUGCUGACACAGAGGCUGAAGGCGGCGGUUCACUACACGGUCGGGUGCCUGUGCCAGGAGGUGGCGGAGGACAAGGACGUGGAGUUCAGCAAGCAGAGCAUCGCGGCCAUCUCGGAGAUCACCUUCCGGCAGUGCGAAAUCUUUGCAAAAGACCUCGAAAUGUUUGCAAGGCAUGCAAAACGAACCACAAUCAAUACAGAAGAUGUGAAGCUUUUGGCUAGAAGAAGCAAUUCUUUGCUAAAAUACAUCACACAGAAGAGUGARGAGCUCGCAUCAAGUAACAUGGAGCAGAAGGAGAAGAAGAGAAAGAAGUCCAGUGCAGCUAAGGGAGAGAGAACUCCUGGGGARCAAGAGGCAGCUGUGACUGAAAAUGAAGAUUCCAACAUGGCAUGAUCUAUCUUUUGACCAACGUUUCAGGUUAUUUUCCCUUAGUAUCUUAGAAAAAGYAGAAUUAACCUAUUCAUCUUGAAGUUUGGUACCAGUAAUGAAUCUUUAGAUUUUUAGGUGAAUGCAAUUGGAUUUUUGUUAUUCCAAAAGUCUUUCAGCAUUCAGUAAAGCUUACUGCCAAAAUGCCUUAAUGGUCACAAAGGGUAUGUUACUAAAUUAAAAUCCCUUAAAUAGUUUGAAACUAUUCUCACUGAAUCAUAACUCAGUAUAUGCAAUACCCUCCAGUAUGCUACUUUAUUUCUCUAGUAACUGUUGGCCUUUUUCCUUGCUUUCAGCUCUGAUAGUUUUGCUCAGACAUUUUGAAUAUUUUGUUAUUAAUAAGCCAUAUCUGUUGCUCAUUGUUUUGACAAUUAUAAACCAGUUUUGCAUGGUUUCUCAGCUGUGGCACUGCUGGGGUACAAUCGUCACUGUCUGUAUUCCCAUUUUAAGGGAGCACUGUGGCUUAGGAGCAGAGGCAGACAGGGAUCCUCACUGACCUCUCCUGGGCUAGCAGAGCCCUACCCAGUGGAAAGGGAUUGUACAAAGAAUGAAAAGAAUUACAUUCAAAGGAAACUGAUUUCUAGGGGUAGCACAGCCAUCCAUGUUACUGCAGAAAGGCUGGAACAURAAGAGUUUGAAAUAAGUAGCUAUUUAAAACACCAGAAAACCUUUUAACCUGCCAUGGCCUGUAAUGUUGCAAUCCACAAGUGUAUAUGGUAAGAAGCAAAACAGACUGACAAAAAGUUACCUGCAAGCAUCUUCCCUAAGUCCAGUCAAUUCUCACAUAGUUCAACAGUAGAUAAAAAGAUUUUAUUGAUAUUAGAAUAAAAGACUUUAACAAAUCUAAAAAUAAGCCCGUUAAUCCAAAAGCAUCGUGACACUACACUAAUGAGGAGGAGAAUAACACAGCAGGCCAAUUACAAUUUCUUCUAUCACACAGCCUUACAAAGCAAGUAUUUCAACCUUGGCUGUGUUUUACAUGAUAAGAGCUCUUACACAGCACCCAAGAGGCAGGAAUUCCUUACAGAAAAAGYACUGAAGUUAAAGAAUUUUGAACUUUACUUUGAUUAAAUCAGUGUGAGAAUUCAAGUUCCUAGAUCCCAGGCUGGAGCUUAAAGCCAGGCAGCAGCUGGCUAACCCCUCUGCUCUGAUCACUAAUUGUGCCUCAAUGUGYUUUCCAGAGAUCUUCCAUUUUUCUUAUACUGAAAACAGGGGGAGACCAAAAUAAGCAAACAGCCUGGGCCUUCAGGGGCUGUAUCCACCAUUAUCAGAUGGAAGUUUCUGCCUACCAACCAGGUAUUGAAAGCUGAACACUUGCAUGCUGUGCUUAGCAAUAGCAUUGUUCUAGUAUUCUGCAAAAAGUCAAAAUCCCUUUGGUUACACAAYUCAAAUCACCAGAGGAGUUUAAGCCUCAGAACAAUGUCCAGAUUUGAGUUGUUCUAUAGCCAGACCACAGGAUGACCAGCAAACCRUGGUUCCCAGGAUGUGUCUUUGYUUGUWUUGAUUCUAAUGCAA